AGAAAAUAAGUCUUUCUCUUUGGACAUUAAACAUCUGACUGUCAAACUACAGCCGAAAAAAUAAAAAUCUUAUCUUAAAAAUUAUAAUACUUUUGGCUAAGUCCCUUAACAACUUAAUAUCAUAAUGGUACGGGUUACUCCGGUUCUUGCUCGUAUUCCCGUAAUAAAGUUUCGUAAGGGUGGGUUAAGUGGGGCUUCAAGACCCGCCGCUGCAGCUCCAUCAGUGUCAAGCGCUCCACCAGCUGCACCCACAGCAGCUGCAGCCGCGUCAUCUCAUGUGCAGUCAACAGCAGCUAUGAGUACAUCAGCCGUGCCAGAUAUAGAUCUGCCUCUUCGCUACAGAAGGCAACCUCUAUCAGAUGAAGAAAUUGCUCACAUCAACGGCGGAGGAAUUGUUUAGUCCUUCAACUUAAAAUAUAGUAGAUGCAGUUUUCAAAAGUAGAACUUGGUUAAUAAUAUAGUUAUUAUAUCUUAGUAUUUUUCUAAAUUAAAUUUGUUUAUAAAACAUACACAACUUUGCUUUGGAUUAAAAGAAAAUGCAAUCUAUGUGUGAUGUCAAAUCCAUAGCCUGAUUAUACAUAUAGUAGGACUAAAAAUUUUUUUGGUAAUUAUAUCUAAGCUAAAUUUACUUCACUACAGAUAAAAGAUUUUUAAUUUUAGAAGUAUUCUCCAUGAUAAAAUAAGACCAAAAAAAUCUGCUUUGAAAAUACUAGAAAACACUAUCAGACUAGAUAAAGAUCAAUUAUUGUAAGUGGCUUACUCAAAGCUAAAAUAGCCAAGUUGGUUCUAUGUAUAUUUAUUUUCAUGGCUUGAGAUGGUACUAUUAAAUAUAUUAAAAUUAUAUACUUUGAAUAAGUUGCUCACUAGAAACCCGUGUGCCUUUCACACGCCAUAGCUCCAAAUCUGCUGUGGACCAUCCCAGUCAAAAUAAAUAAUAAUCAAUAUCCACAAUAUAAUUAAAUAUUGCUUAAUAUUGCAGACAGAAAUUGAAACUCGUAAAGAGGCAGAACCUGUAACAAUGGGAGUAAUAAGAGUUCCGCGUGGUGUUCUGAUUGAUUGCGGCGCUAAGAAAAAGGAAGUUAUAUCGCUAAACAUUGUUUUACAAAAAUGUAGUAAAAAGUAAUAACUGGAACAUCAAACCCUGGGAUCUAGAAGAGCAAAUCAAUUCAUUUUAUCUGUCAAGAAAUCUAAAAGUCAAUUGAUGGAUACCUUGACGAAAAAUACAACUGAAUUUUGUCACUUUCGAGAGAAACGAGCUCAAAUAUUUUUACUAUAUUUCAUGAGCUAGUGAAACUUGUACCAAAUGAAGGGAAAUCAAAUCAAGAAUAUGUAUAUGUUAU